ACCACACCCACCACAGUGUGCCUGUUAGAACGCUCCAGGCCACAUUUGGUAUUUGGUGAAACGAUUCAGAACGAGGCCCUAAUAUGGCCACGAGACAAAUCUCGUGUUUCUCCCAUAUGUGCUUUUUUCUGCUACUUCUAUUUAAAGCGCUACAACCGGGUCUCGCUGCCCGCCCGUUACUUGUGUUUUUGCUCGACGGCUUUCGUUAUGACUAUAUAGAUGAACUACAUAAACUUCCGGGGUUUCGCGAGCUCGUGGAGAGAGGAGUGAAGGUGGACUACAUGACUCCAGAUUUUCCGAGUCUGUCAUUCCCAAACUACUAUUCCUUAAUGACAGGCCGUCACUGCGAGACCCAUCAGAUGGUUGGAAAUUAUAUGUGGGAUGAAGUCUUAGACAAAGAGUUCCUUAUUGGGACCAAUUCUGAUAGUCGGUUGCCUCUUUGGUGGAAUGGAUCAGAACCUCUCUGGGUCACCAUGCAAAACCUGGGAAAGAAAGUUUUCAUGUACUUCUGGCCUGGCUGUGAAGUGGAAAUUCUGAAUGUCCGUCCAGCGUUCUGCAAAGAAUACGUUAACAGUCCAUCAAAAGAAGAUCUUAUAGAUUCGAUAACCAGUUCACUUGCUGCCUUGAGUUCAGGAAAAGCAGACAUGGCAGCUGUUUACUAUGAGAAAAUAGAUGUGGAAGGACAUCACUUUGGUCCAGAGUCUCCUCAGGUCAAAACAGCUGUGCAACACCUCGAUCUCACCAUGCAGAUCCUGAACCAAAAAAUCAAGGACAGCAACCUGGAGAAUCAGCUAAAUGUGAUGUUAUUUUCAGACCAUGGUAUGACAAAGAUCAAGUGGAUGGAGAAGGUGAUAGAACUGGACAAAUAUAUAGACAUGUCAGACAUUGUGAAGAUGAUGGAUAGAGGACCAGUAGUCAGCCUGUGGCCUAAAAAUACCACAUACCAAAAGGUCUAUGCUGCCUUGAGCCAGGUCCAUAACAUGCGUGUCUAUUCCAGGCAGGAAAUCCCUGAACGGUUCCUUUACAAAAAAGGGAACUUUGUUUCCUCUCUCACUUUGGUUGCUGAACCAGGCUGGUUUAUCACUAAGAACAAGACAACACUACCCUACUGGAAAAAUGACUCGGGAGAGGCAUCAGCUUGGCAAAAUGGCUGGCAUGGUUAUGAUAACGAGUUCCUUGACAUGAGAGGCUUUUUCUUGGCGGUAGGACCAGACUUCAAGAAGAAUGUUCGAGCAGCUCCAAUUAGAGCAGUGGAUGUCUACAACCUGAUGUGCUGGACUUUAGGUGUACAUCCAUUGCCUAAUAAUGGAUCUUGGUCUCGAGUUGAGUACCUACUAAAUGGCUUUGAAAGUCCAUUACAGUCUGGAAUGCUUUGGACCUACGGUAUGGGUUUGCUGGGAGUAAUGUUAGCAUUUUACUAGAACAUGCAAAUUAAUUAUCAUGUAUAGAUUUUAGCUGUAAUGAUCUGCUGUGGACAAGAAUAAUUACAAAUUUAAUUACACUUAUGUCUGACAAGUACAUGUAGAUAUCUGACUAUACUGUAAUUGUACUUUUAAUGUAUGUUUCAGUUUACUUCUGUUUUUAUUUUUAAUUGAUUUUUAGAUUGAUAAAUACUAUGCAUGAUAUAA